AUGGCUCAGAUUCCUACGCCACCUGCGUCUCGACCGGGCUCUGAGGCUCCUGAGGCCGAGUUAAAAUCCGCGCAAGCCUCCUCAGAGUUGCUUGCUUCAUUGGACGCGCUGCUUGAGCAGUAUUUACACCUACUUGACCAGCAGCAAAAGCUACAAUCGGGACUUUCGAAGCAUCUUUCUUCGGGGUUUCUUGCUCUGGCUCAUGCAAACUACACCUGUCCUCCCGGCCGCCGUUAUGGCCGUGACUACUACGACGAUCGGAUGAAGACGAACAAAAAAGUUACCAUUCAAAUCGAAAAAGACAAGGGACAAGCCGAGUCUGAGGCCAUAGCAGACUCCCAACACGAAGCAGAGAAAUCUGGCAUCAGCGAUCUCCAGUACAAAUUUCGAAUAGAAACAAUUACUAAUUGCGACAACGAGGCAAAGACGGACGAGAAGGACGAGAAGGACGAGUCAUCCGUGGAAAGCAAAUGCACUGCGGCAUUGCCACAGGAGGACACCGCGAAGAACAGAAGUAAUGCAGCUUCAGCAAACAAGGAUUCCGACGUCGUCACCGACACGGAUAAACCGGCCGAGGAAGCCAAGAAGCCUCGCAAGAAAUUCCGUUCCGACGAUCCCAUCUACUGGUACGGCAUCCUGGUACCACCGUCCCUCCGCAACACUCAGAAAUCCUUCACCGAGGGCAUACAGAGUCAAGUGGCUGAAUUGGCGGGAACCAUUGUGGAAAUGCGCGCUCUGGAGCAGAGGAUCACCCAGCUACGCGCCAAUCUUGGGGAUCUUCACUGUCAAGAGUGA